UGCCAGGGGGUCCGACCCAGACCGUGGAAUACAUCUACAAUAUCAAAAAAUAUUCAAAAAAUUAUGACCUACAUUACUACUGCAUUUGUUUGAUCAAACUGCAGUUCCCAUAUUGUCAGCUAGGGGCGCUCUGUCUCAUUCGGAGCAGACAGCAUGACGCAGCACCGUGACUCGAGCCAAUCAUAUUGAAGGAGGCGGGUCUUGCAUGAAAGUCAAUCAGAAGGGCCCAAAGACACUAAAAUCAGUUGCCAUGGCAACGUUGUGUGUAAGUCCCGCGCAUGUCAAAUGAGAGCAAAAGUUAGUGAGUUGAUCUGUUGACUAGCAGCAUAGUUUAGCUAACUAGCUGGUUGUUUUUAGUUAACUAGCUGGUUGUUGGUUAACUAGUCUAAUCUGGGACAUAAUGGGAGGAGGAACACCGCUGGAUGAAUGUGCUGCGUCGCUUGUAAGCUAGUCGUCGUCGAAAUCAAAGAAGUAAAGACGGUUCGUUGGUCGUUAGAACCGGAGACAUGUCCAACCUGCCACCAGUUCGCCAUUUGCCCCACUGGACCAGAGUCGGGCGCCUCGCGAAGCCUCGUUCCCCUCGACGGUUACCAGCCGACCAGGUGCAGCCGCUGCCUGCUGUCCCUCCGGCGUACAGAGGAGCGGGGCCAGCGGCCGCAGAGGAGCCCCGGCACGGCGGCUCCGACCCCCGGAUAGAGUCCCUGCAGAGGAACCUCCAGUUCCUCCAGCAGCAGCACCAGGACACCCUGGAGAAGCUCCAUGCAGAAAUAGAGUAUCUGAGGCGGGAGAAUAAAGAGCUGCAGUAUAAGCUGAUAAUGGAGCUGCCCAAGUCAAGCAGAAAGGGAGUGACUAAGAGUCGUCGAGACGUCAGACCACCCACUCAGGGCAGAGAAGCCCACUCUGGACUCUACCUGGAGGAGACACUGCAGGACACACGACCCUCUCAGGACCAGGCUGUCAGCAUCGGAGAAGGCAGUGAAGCCGUGGCUUCGGCCCGGCAGCAGGACGACGGCCCGGAGGUGACGGGACGCCUCAUCACUUCGUUGCAGCCUCUACGGAUCCACAGCAGCCCGUCCCGUCCUCCGCGGCCGCCCACGCUGCAGGAGUGUGAGGUCAUCAUCCGGCAGCUUUACAACGCCAACAGCCUACAGUCUCAGGAAAUCAUACGUGUGAAGGCGCUGCUGAGAGACAUCGUUCUGAGCAAGAAAAUCACCCCAGAGAACUACAUCCUGACCAAGGCCUACCUCGUCGAUGGAGCCUGCAAAUCUUUAGAAGAUAAGAAAUUUCCAAAACUUGGUUUUCCACUACUUCCAGAAAAAACGUCUGCUCCCUCCCAGUCCAGAGUCGUCCUCCCAGCCCUGAAGCAGAGCCUCAGCUUCAACAUCGCAGAGAGGCAGAGGAGGACUCGUGCUGUGCAGAGAGACCGGUUCAAAAGGACAGUGCAUUGACGGGAUCAGAACCGCCACAGGAAGCAGCUUUUAAUGGUCUGAAAAACCUCAGGUCACAAACAAAAUAAACUCCCACUGAUAGACAUCAAUUUAAAAGUAUUUCUGAUCCACGCUUUAAUGUUUCAUGUUUUAAGAAGACGCUAAUUGCCAUUUUGACUCGUCGCAGUAGGAAAAGCACAGAUUGAAUGAAUAACAUUAGUGAUGCCUCAGUUCUAAUGAGUGUCCUACAAAGCUCUGAGAGAAAAGCAGCAGGCACAGUUAGUAGAAGGACCUCAAUAAAUGGAGCCAUCACCAAGACAUUGUUGGUUUUCCCGCUAGGACAUGUCAGUAUGUCUGCUUUUAAACGGGCCUGUAGGUCUUAAAGCACAGAAUCAAACAAAUGAAGGUUUAUAGACUUAAACCAGGGGUAUCAAAAGUCAUCUUAGUUCAGGUUCAACAUUCAGCCCAACAUCAUCUGAAGUGGCCGGACUAAUAACCUAUAAAUAACCACAACUCCACAUUUUUCCUUUGUUCUAGCGCAAAAAUGUACCUUCUGUACACAUUACAACUUAAAGAUCAGAGUUUCUAUAAAGGCACAAACAUUUAGUCACAGCUGUCUGUAACUGAAUGAUACAAAUGAUACUUUAUGAUCAAAAUAAUAAAAGUCAGGCAAAAAAGACAAAAAAAACCCAAUAAAAACAGGACAAAAGUUACAAAAUGAGACACAAAAUGACAAAAACGAGACAAACAACAUGAAAGAAGACAAAAAUGAGAAACAAAACAACAAAAAAAUAGACAAAAAACUCAAACAAUACACAAAAGAAUGAAUAAAGCAAAACACAAAUGACGCAAAUAAGACAAAAAAACAGAAGUGAAACAACAAGGAAACACAAAAACAAGAAACAAAACGACAAAAGCGACACAAGUCAAACAAAAUAUUACAAAAACGAGACACAAAACGACAAAAGUGAGAAAUGAAAUGUCAAAAAUGAGACAACAUAAAAGACAAAAAAAUUUGACCAAAAAGUUACAAAGCGACAAAAAUACGGGCAAAUCAAAAAAAAAAAUAUAUAUAAAGCACCUUUAGAACAACCA